AUGGCCCCUCCGUCGAUUUCUCCAGCCCCUAUGUCGGUUUCUACAAAGAUAGACCUGACGCAGGACCAUAUGGAUGAGGGUAUAGAAUGCGAUACACCUCAAACACCAUUCAUGGAUGAAGGAUUGUUCGAUGAUGAUGGCUCGGACUCUAUGUCUAUAUCAUCGGGCGGCAGCUUUAAAUCGCAUGACGAGUCGGUGCAGUUUCUUGGAUCAUCUCCCCGGUGUUUUCAAAGUCUGAAACGCCCUCGCAUUGAUGAGCCAGCAGAGCCAUUCGAGAUGCACAUAUAUAAUGUUGCUUCUAUCGAGCUUUCUGAACCAGAGUCAGAGCCAGAAGCGUUUGAAAUGCACAUCUAUGAUGUUGCGUCUUUCGAACCUUCUGCAGAGGAAUCAGAACCGGCACGACCGUUUGAGAUGCAGAUAUAUAACGUCGCUGCUAUCGAACCUGUUGAGACUGUCCAGGAGCCUACACAGUGUCAGCCUCGGGACAUCUCAGACCUCAUCUCAGGCCUAGAUCUUCUCGAAGCCAAAGAAACGGAGGAACAAGACAAUAUCACAAAAGAGCUCGCCCAACUGAAAGAAUCCAUUCCACUCAAUGAAACGCAAAUCCUCAGUCUCGCACCAGAGAUAAAAUGCGAACUCAUUGCAAAAUGGAAUCAGACUCUCAAAUCUCACAAAAAGCGCUGCACGACCAUGCAAAACGGUCGUGUGUUCUUUGAAAAGAAGCAACAAGAGGAGCUCGACAAUUCAAACCCCACAACUAUUGAAACUAUCCAACGCUAUGAUGCUCGAAUCGCACAGUGCGUUGCAUCAAUCAAGCAUGUUGAAGAGCAGAUCGAAGGCAAAAAGAAGAAUGACGCACAGCUUUUGUUGAAUUUGAAAGUACAGGUUUGGAAAGAUAAGAGAACGAUUCAAAAGCUGGAACCCAGGACCCAAGAGCUUGCCAAUAAUCUGGAGUAUUAUAAGAAUCUUAAGGAGUUUGUUAGUCUAGGGGCUGUUGGGAUGGAGACGUUGUUGCUGAAGCUCAAGUAUGAUAAUGUUCCCAUACUGGAGAUGAUUGAGGAGGUCAAAAAGAGCUUUGGUACUACUCCAAAUGCUGCACCGGAUGCUGCUCCGGAUACUGCGUCGGUCGUUUGA